AUGCUCAACCAGACGCUCAAACGAUCCAUCCAAAAUACCUCGAAGCUGCUCUCUAAGCCAGCCAACUAUGGCCAGCCUGUGGCGUCUACGCAUGGCUAUAUGAUGAGCGAGACAGACCUAACGCCUGGAAUUUCGACGCACGAAUACGAGCAGCGACGCAAAAAUCUCAUGUCCCAGCUCAAUCCAGGGGAUUCGGUUGUGUGCGUCUCUGGACACGUGAAGAUGAUGUCCCAGCAGAUCUUCUACUCGUUCAGACAAGCAACAGAUUUCAACUAUUUGACAGGCUUCCAGGAGCCUGAUUCCGCUGUAGUUCUCGAGCGCGAUGACAGCACUCCACGUGGCUACAAAAUGGUCCUCUUUGUCCGCCCCAAGGACCCCCACAUCGAGCUAUGGGAUGGUGCGCGCACAGGACAGGAAGCUGCAAUGAGUAUAUUCAAAGCAGAUGAGUCAAAACCUGCAGCCAGUCUAGCUGCGUAUCUGAAAAACACACUGCGCGCACACAAGACGGUAUACGCAUCCCACCCACGUCUCACAGAUAGGCCGAGAAAGCGGGGCGCAUCUAGUGGCAGCAGUGGAAGCAGCAGCAGCAACCCCGCCAAGGCACUCGUCGACUACCUUAGCAGUGCGAUACGCGGGCAGACGACCAGCGAGGGUGAUUCUGUGCUCGCUACUCUCGGUCUUCCCAACGUCCGCCCGCUCGGUCCGUUAGUGGAGAAAAUGCGCUCGCGUAAGAGUCCUGCUGAACGCGCGCUGAUGCGCUCCAGUGGUCGCAUUGCCGGGUUAGGGUUCAGAGAUGCGAUGAAGAACACUCACGCUGGUCUCUCAGAGCAUCAGGUGGCCGCAAGGUUCGAAUACCACUGCGCAAUGGCUGGCUCGCAGCGUCAGGCUUACGUCCCCGUUGUCGCAUCAGGCGCGAACGGCCUCGCUGUGCACUACACUGCUAACACUAUGCUCAUUGAUAAAGACGACAUGAUGCUGAUGGACGCCGGGUGUGAGUUGCAUGGCUAUUGCAGCGAUAUCACUCGCACUUGGCCCGUUAAUGGCACCUUCUCUCAGCCUCAACGCGACCUCUAUCAGGCUGUUCUCAAUGUCGAGAAGCAAUGCAUCAAAUUGUGUACGGAAGACUCGGGGGUGUCGUUGAACAAUAUUCACAGAGAAAGCGUGAGAUUAUUGGGCAUCGAAUUGAAGCAGAUUGGCUUCAACAAUCUACGCUUUGGCGACCUAGAACGUAUCCUAUAUCCACACUACAUUAGUCAUCCACUAGGCAUGGACUUGCACGAUACACCGUCGUUCGAUCGCUCUCAGAAGCUGGUAGACGGUAACGUAAUCACUAUUGAGCCAGGUUGCUAUGUCUUCCCAAAUGAACGAUUCCCCAAGUGGUUCCAUAAUCUCGGCGUUAGAGUUGAGGAUGAUGUCCUUGUCGGGAAGAAUGAUCCACUAGUGCUCACUCAAGAGGCACCUAAGGAGAUUGCAGACAUUGAGCGCGCCUGCCACAGCUGA